AUGUCUUCAGACAAUAUUGAUAAUGAAACACCUGCGGACGAGGAAGACGAGGAUGUCGAGGAUGUUGAUGCUUGGGAUAUCGCAGUCGACAACAGCGGUUGUAAAGACGCCUACUUAGCAAUGAAUGAAUGUUAUUGGGACAAACACGACUGGCGGAAAUGUACAAAAGAGGUUAUGGAAUUUCGAAAAUGCUGGGAAAAACUGCAUGGCCCAUUGCCUGAAACCGGAAUAAAGCCGCGAUAA